GUUUCUACAUUCACUUCUUUAAUUCUUGGUUGAAAAAAAUCCCUCCAAAUCCAAGAAGAACCAAGUUCUGGAAUUUUCAAGAAUAGGUACUCUCAACAUCCAUGAAUGGGAAUUAUGUCCUGCUGGGAGCGAGGGCCUCCUUAUUGGGUGGACACCCGCGCCCACCAUUAGUCAUGCGACCUGGAUAGGGGGAGGUGAGUUCAUGUGUUAGCUCAGUCCUUUAUCUUGUGUUGGGCAAAUCACUUUACCUGUUUUUUAUCCUCAGAUAUUAAAGAGGGACUACACUUUGUCCCACCUAACACAAAGACCUAAUAAACCUGUGAAAAAGCACUUUCAUGAUGUGCUGAGGUGAGGGAUGAUUAUUUUAGGUACAGGAGGCCAGAAAUACAAAGAAACAAACUCUACAGCCUUGAGUGCCUUCCAGGCACUAGCUGCUGAACAUUACAACCUUUUGACAAAGUAAAUGGUGGUUUUCAUGGUUGCUCGUAUUUACAAAUGUCAGAGGGAAAAAAAAAUCCGACUCAAACCUUCCAAGAACAGGCUUGCCUCUACUCAAACCAGUUCACCCAGUUCACAGAUUUUUUUUUUUUCCUUUUUUUUUUUUUUUUUUUUUUGAAGCUGUAAGCUCACAGCAAGCUUUCUGGGCUUCUGGGACAAGCCUGGGAAGUAAAUGCUAAACUGCAGGGGUUCUUCUGAGUACAGGACGGAGGAAGCUGCCCUGAAGCAAAUGAUUGUCACAGCUACUCAGGGCUGUCAAUCAGAACCUUCCAGGAACUGACUCUGGGACCAAGAGAAGUUGGCAAGCUCUUCACAGGGUGGUCCGCGUUGUCCAGGGACACAUAGCCUGUUUCAUGGCUCAGUGGGACGAAAGGGGUCCCCUAGGGCCCUGCCUGGCAGCGGGAACGCGGCUGGGAGCCUAAGCAUCCGGGUCCCGCGCUUGGAUCUGUGUUGUGUAUGACCCUGGGCACGUCAUUUUUCUUCCCAGGGCUUCGGUUUUCUGCGUGAAGUGGGAGAGUUUGGAAGUUGGUCUUUGCCAGCUCUGCCAUCCAGUAGGUUCAUGAAUGUUGCUGGGAAUCCAGGGCGAGGCUCAGGAGCGAGAUCUCGAAGGGAAUUCCAUGGCAGGGUGUCUUCUGCUGAGGCUCAGCGCCCUAAAUUGGCGCUUCCAUAGUAGACACGGUCCCCCCAUUUCUUCAGUAGCCCCUCCACUCAGCCGCUUCCUCCUUCUACGUCUGCUUCCUCUUCCUCCAGCGCAGGCAAAGCCUCCACACCUCCCUCUUUCCCUUCCUCCUUUGCAAGCUCCCUGCAUCCCCGCGUCUCCUCCUCUUCCUCCCAGGAAGUAACAUGCCCUCCGCGCGCCCACCUUCUGGCCUAGCUGCAGCCCUAGCUGGCGCCCCCUCCCCCGCCAGGCGAGCGCUGCGCGGCGGCCCCGCGGGCACACGCUCUCCCAUACCUUACAUGGACAAAUGCGUACAGGCAAAGUCAGGAAUUCAGGCCCCUGACGUCAGCCUCCAGCUCUCAGGGCACCGCACGGGAGCCCGAGGGGAGGGGGUGGGGACGGUGGGGAGGAAGGAGGGGGAAAGGCACCAACCAGCAGCCGCUCCAGCCCUGCCGAAGUUUCACUUUUUGUCUGUGGGUCCGCUCCCGGGCCCCGCGCGAGCUUUCCCGGGAUAAGUAGCGUUAGCGAGCAGGGGAGAGCCGGGCGCUGCAAGGUAGGAAAACAAACGCAGAGGCCCAGAGGAGGUGGGUGCUGGUUCUGGAGCCUACAGUGGAGACAUUGAGGUGCAGAAAUACAACUGAAGACAGAACCCAGUCACCUGGUUCUCAUUUGAGGCCUUCUCUCAUUGGUCUCCUGAGCACUCAUCAGAGGGAAGCUAUUUUUCAACUGACACCAGCAUUGCAAUUUGCUGAACCUUGUGUCCACUGACCAUUCCAAGAGCUAGCUAUCUGAGGGUUUUUUUAAAGCUAAUAUUCACCAUACACAUCACAUAAGAACAUGUCUUGGGCAGACAAGAUUCCAACAAUGUCUCACCCAUCUUGGCUGCCACCCAAAAGCACUGGUGAGCCCCUUGGCCAUGUGCCUGCGCGGAUGGAGACCACCCAUUCCUUUGGGACCCCCAGCAUUUCAGUGUCCACACAACAACCACCCAAGAAAUUUGCACCAGUAGUUGCUCCAAAGCCCAAGUACAACCCAUACAAGCAGCCUGGCGGUGAAGGUGACUUUUUUCCACCCCCGCCUCCGCCUCUAGAUGAUCCUGGUGCUCUUCCAUCCAGCCCUGGAAACUUCCCUCCUCCACCACCCCUUGAUGAAGGUGCUUUCAGGGCACAGGGAAAUCCUGGAGGCAAGACCCUUGAGGAGAGACGUUCUAGCCUGGAUGCCGAGAUAGACUCGCUGACCAGUAUCUUGGCCGACCUUGAGUGCAGCUCUCCCUACAAGCCUCGACCCCCACAGGGCUCUGCUAGUUCGACAGCCUCUCCUCCAGCCUCCACCCCUGUCACAGGACACAAAAGAAUGGUUAUACCCAACCAACCCCCUCUAACAGCAACCAAAAAGUCUACAUUGAAACCACAGCCUGCACCCCAGGCUGGACCCAUCCCCGUGGCACCAAUCGGAACACUAAAACCCCAGCCUCCACCGGUCCCUGCCUCCUAUACGACAGCGUCCACCCCUUCCAGGCCUACCUUCAAUGUGCAAGUCAAGUCAGCCCAGCCCAGCUCUCUUUACAUGGCUUCUCCUUCAUCGGGACAAUUUUAUGGCCCAGGCCCGGGACCCCAGGGCUAUAACGCUCCACCAGGUUCUAUCUCUGGGCAGUGCCCACCUCCUUCAACACGGGGGGGCAUGGAUUAUGCAUAUAUUCCACCGCCAGGACUUCAGCCUGAGUCUGGGUAUGGGUACACCCCCAACCAAGGACGUUACUAUGAAGCCUAUUGCCCCACAGGGCCUGGCUAUGGGGGCAAAAAUGACUCUGAUCCGGCUUAUGGUCAACAAGGUCACCCAAAUACCUGGAAGCGGGAACAAGGUUAUACUCCUUCUGGAACAGGAAACCAGAACCCGGCUGGGAUGUAUCCAGUUGCUGGUCCCAAGAAGACCUAUAUCACAGAUCCUGUUUCAGCACCGUGCGCACCACCACUGCAACAAAAGGGUGGACAAACAGGUUCCAUGGGGCCUCCAGCUGUCCCCAGCUCAUUCCGCCCUGAAGAUGAGCUCGAACACCUGACCAAGAAGAUGCUGUAUGAUAUGGAAAAUCCACCUGCUGAUGAAUACUUUGGCCGCUGUGCUCGCUGUGGGGAGAAUGUCGUUGGGGAAGGGACAGGAUGCACUGCCAUGGAUCAGGUCUUCCACGUGGACUGUUUUACCUGCAUCAUCUGCAACAACAAGCUCCGGGGACAGCCCUUCUAUGCAGUAGAGAAGAAAGCUUACUGUGAGCCCUGCUACAUUAAUACCCUGGAGCAGUGCAGUGUGUGCUCCAAGCCCAUCAUGGAGCGGAUUCUGCGAGCCACCGGGAAGGCCUAUCAUCCUCACUGCUUUACCUGUGUGAUGUGCCACCGCAGCCUUGAUGGGAUCCCAUUCACCGUGGACGCUGGUGGUCUCAUUCACUGCAUUGAGGACUUCCACAAGAAAUUUGCCCCUCGAUGUUCUGUGUGCAAGGAGCCUAUCAUGCCGGCCCCAGGCCAGGAGGAGACUGUCCGGAUUGUGGCUCUGGAUCGUGAUUUCCAUGUUCAUUGCUACCGCUGUGAGGAUUGUGGUGGUCUCCUGUCCGAAGGAGAUAACCAAGGCUGCUACCCUCUGGACGGACACAUCCUCUGCAAGACCUGCAACUCUGCCCGCAUCAGGGUGCUCACCGCCAAGGCCAGCACCGACCUUUAAAUUCAGUCGCCUGCUUAGCUGGUUAGUGGGUGGUGCUGAGAAGAGGAAACACAAGAAAAAGAUAAGAAAAGAAAUGGGAAAAUGCAGGAAAGGCAGUCAAGCCGUGGGAUGGUCUCUGUUCUUCAUCUAAUAUUAACCUUUCUUUAGAAGCACAUAGAUGAUGAGAUUUUUUUUUUUUUUUUAAGUUUUCACCAAAUACACAUUUCACAUUUAAUCAUGUAGGACCUUGAUGGGCCUUUGUUCCCAAGGACUUCCACAUUUUUGCACGGAUUAUACUCCAUCCCAUUCACUUCUGCAUUCCUGUAACUUUUAAUCCCUAUGUUUGUCUCACUUUUCAUCUGGUUGAAUGGCUUUUUUUAGUGUGGUAUUUGCUGUCACACAGUUUUUCCUGGGUGAGUCGGCCAACUCACAGGUGCUUUUAGGCUUGAAGGGUCUAUUCUAUCAGUUCCACGUGGCCUGUGAUCAGAAAAGAUAGCCAUUCUUUUUCUGUGUAUUGAAAAGUACAUCUUUCUGUUGCUCUAAACCGGUCAUGCCCCUUGGGGGUAAAAAAAAAAAGUGUACCAUGUAUACGUUAGGCUACAAAGAAUUUAAGCUAUAAAUUACAUAGGUUAAAACAAGCCCAAAUUUAAUUUGCAACCAAAUUUGAUUGGAAAUUCAAAAUCUCUAGUGACCAGUGGUCAGGGCUCAUUUGAAAAUAGUAAUUGGUGAGAGAGAUCCAAAGUUUGCUUUUUUUUUUUCCUGAAGGAAUUACAGGUGGGAUAUGCUGGGAAAAAAGCAUUUUGGGGGUAUUUUGAAAAGCCUAUUAUUAUCCCACAAUACCAUCUUAAGAUUUCCCUUUUCCAUGCCACCUAGACAUCAUAAUUCAGACAAACUUUGUUUUCUCUGGAACAUAGCAUUUCCAAUACUGUCCCACUUUUCAUCUCAGAAAUAUUGCCCUGGUUGUAUUUUGUUUUGUUUUGUUUUGUUUUUUUUAAUAAUAUCCAAACACAACUACCAAAGUUGAGUUUUCUCCGGAGCAGACAGUUGUAAAGCACUAUUCCUAGUCUUCCUUUUUUUUUUUUUUUUUGCCCCCCAGGCCCGGGUCCUUUUUGCCUGACAACUGCAAAUCAGAGCACAGAAAAUAAAACUGUAGAGUUUUGUUUAAUUUACUUUAAAAAGACAGGAAAGCUUGAAAAAACUGUGAAACCACAGUUUCAUCACUCCCAUAAUCCCUCCGCAACUCAAAUUGCAUAUCACGGGAGAUGUUUUCUUAUCAUCGAUGUGACAUUUAUACCACACUUUCAAAGACAAUCGCUGAAAAAAAAAAAUUGCCUUUCUGAGCUAAAAAUAUGGAGAGUCUCUGCCUGGAAUCUUUAUUCAAACUCUUACUGGGCAUUGAAAUGCUUGCUUGCCAACUAUAGAACCAUUCUAUUGGGUUCUAACUUGUUUCUUUUAAAGAGACGCCCAUCUUCGUCACGGCAGGUUGCCAUUUUGUAAACUAAUCGAGUAUUUUGGAUUGAGAUUUCUUAAACAUUUCUUCAAAUCUUCCACAAGUAUAUACUUUUAAAUUAUGAAGUAUUUUAAGUAUACACAAAAUAUAAAUAAUAAUAUAAUGAAUCCCUGUAUACAUAACACCCAGUUUAAGAAAUCAAAUAUAACAAAUAUAGUUACAUUCCCUUGCACACCCUUCCCUGGGUCCACAAAUACCUUUUUCAUGAUCAUAAAGAUGUAACGUCGAUUUUUAGUCUUUUAUUUUAAUUUUUAAUUUUAGCACUCAGAAAUGAAAAAUUAUUUGUGCGUGUUUUGAAUUACGCCCCAUGCCUCAGGAAUUCCAAUUACAUUUAUUUUACUUUAGUAGGAAUGAUUGUAAAAAUGGUUCAGUUUUCUUUUUUUUAUUUCAGUAAGAAAUUCUUAAGCCUAUGGUCAUUAGCUCAUCUAAGUUAAUUUGUGGCUCUUUUGCCUUGGUCACCCAAAGUGACCGCCGAAGUUGCAACUUUUCAAAGUUUUCUUGGAAAACUUUGUCUUUCCUUACUUUGCUACUCUUACCAUUGGUCCUAUAUUUUUCUUAAUGUGAAAUACAAUGGGAUUCAUUUUGGGCAGCAUGUGAAUUUUAGGAUACAAUAGUGACUGUAUCUCUGAAUUUCUGUCCUCCACAUUCAAGAUCAGACAUGCUGAUGACCUCAAAGAGCACUGACUAUUAGACAUUUGGAGAGAGAAUGUAAUUUGCUUGAAUGGCUUCAGCAAUUUGUUUUCUAUGAAGUACUUGGAGGAAAUUGUGUUUAGGCCAAAAGCCCAAUUUAUUGAGAGAUGGAUUUUAUCUCUUGAAGUGCAGUCAUAUUAUUAUGAAUUUUGCCAAAAGAGGAAAAUGUAUGAAAUAUUUAUACUAUAAAAAUGCAAUAACAUUCUACUUGUUUGUUACAUUUAAGUCCUUGUGUAACUAAAAUGUUUACAAGCCAAAACAUUUUAAAGAGAGAGAGAGUUAUAAGAAAAUGCUGUCACAGACCCAUCAGUGUGGCUUUGCCAGAAUACUGCUUGCUUUCAAUCUUUAUAGUACAUUUUUAUCACAUAACCUCAGAGUAUCUUUACCAAAGAGUUUUAAAGUAAAUCUCUUUUUAAUAUAGACCUAUUAUACUUUUAUAAUAAUGAAUGUGCACACACACAUAUGCAGAAAUAUUUAGAUUUAGAUUUCUUUUCUUUCACAAGGUAUAAUAAGGAAAGGAUCCUACAUAUUUUAUUCCAGGAUUUCUUAAGUAUAUGAUUUAUAUUGCCUUCUUGUCUUUUCUAUUAAUCAUUUGGUUUAAACAAUGCCAAAUCACUCUUUACUGUUUUAGUUACAUGAAAUUUUGCCUAUAACAGAGACAGAAAGAUCAUAUAACCUUAACAAUUGUAAUUCUUUUGUCUUUUGGUAUAUUGCCUUGAUAUUUAAAUUCAAAAAUAAUAGAAAAAUCAGAAUUUAUAAGAGGAAGUUUGUUAAAAAAUUGUCAAGAACACAAAUAUUUGGUAAUUAUGUGUUGAUGAGAGAUGUGGAAAAGGAAAAAAAACCCACUAUGUCAUGGGCUCUGCACACCAUUUCAAAAUCAAAUUUCUUCACUGUCUGGAUCCCAGCUCACACUGACUCAACGUGGAAUCUUGUUUGCAAGCAAAAUUGCAUUUAAAACUCAAAACUAAGUCAUGUGUCCCAACAUGGGACAUCAAGGCUUUGAGAUGCUGGACAUCUCUGCAGCUCAAAAAUGUGGGUUCUUUUUCCUGUCGUUGACAUUAUUUUUGUAGGGGCAACUUCUCUGAUCAAAAUUACUUCAUUGGCUGUAUGCUGACUAACGCAGCCGAGUUAUUAACACUAUCAUUGUUUCCUCACCACGCAAGAUUCUGCGAAGGUGCUUAUGGUGAUGUUUAAAGUAUAUAAAACUCUAACUACAUUUAAACAAGUGUUUUUAUUUGGGUUCAGAGGAAGAAAGAGAGCACUUUUACAACGGGACUGUAGUAGAGGGUUUAUAGAAUAUAGACAGGACUCUGAGAACACAACUUCCAACAGUUUUCCUCGUUAGUAAAAAUCCUAUUAAUGUGAACCAGCCAGGAAUAACAGUGUUAUUUCUAUUUGACAUAGUUCGGGCUUCUCUUGUCAAAUCUGUGUCGGCUGCCCCCUGAUCCCUCCAUCAUCAAGUUUUGAAGGGUGUCAGGGAAAUUAUGGCAGCUGCUAGGGAGAUCAGGAAACACUGAUGUGACCUCCCAGCCUCUCACCACUCCUCUUGGCUCAGAAAGGUUUCUUUUUCUCAUAGACAUUUCUAGAAAUGUUGCCAUGCUACCUUAGUAUUUCACAUUUGUAGUUUAAACAAGUGAUUGUCCAUCUGUUGCCUCGAGCUACAGUACAUGUGUGUUAUGAAUGAAAUAUGACAGCAUGUUCCAUACUCUGCUUUCGCCAUCUGUAGGAAACCAGUAGGCUGAAAAAGAUAUACCUCUGCAGAAUGUGCCUGAAGUCCCUUUCUUGAGAUCACUCUCUCGGGGCACUUCCGUGGGAGACAAUCGGAGAGCAACAUGUAUGUGUGCCUUAUUUUUAAAGAGUCUCUACGCCACUAUGAAUACUCCACUGGGGAGUCCAUAGUAUUAGUAAUCACCUCCCAGAUUUCCAAAAUACACUCAUCGAAAAGGAUAACAAAAUCCAGAGAAGUGUAAACUCUUUAUCUUAAUGUGCUCUAAUAGUGUUUCUUUUCUCCUUGUCUCUUGGAAGGACCUUGUGAAUUCCUGAAUUAAAGAAAACACUUUUAUGCCAGGAAGUGAUGUUUCGGAUGUUGUUGGUGAUUAUGUUUGGUCUUUCUCUGGUUUUAGUCAGAUAAUGAAGUCAGACUUCCAUUUGAGCCUUUACCACCCAUUCAGCAUAUCCACUUUGAGUAAUUGUCAUAGCUUUUUGGUUUGUCUGUUGUCUUAAUUUAAUAGUGGACAGAACAGGUUGAGUUCUGAGUCAUUAUUAUGGUACAACCGUGGGCAUUUUAGGUUGUUAUUUAUAUGACAGAUACAUAGAAUGAAACUCUUCUCAAGAGACUGUUGUCUGGGCAGCAUAUUACAUAUUAUUUCAAACCUUUAAAAAAUUAUCUGAUUAAAGCUCUACGGUUUGGUGAGAAUUUUUCCUCUUUCCCUCUUCGCCUCUUUUCCUCCCUCCUCUUUUUUCUCUUCCUGCCUUCCUUUCUUACAUUCUGUCCUGCUUUUCAUCCUACCUAAUAAUAUUAUUGUGCUUGGACUUUUCAUAAGUAAAUUAUAUCAGUGCAUUCUGAUCUUUACGGAAUUGUGACCAUAUGAAGGGAAGAAGGCUACCGUCAAAUAUACAUGGCAUCCAUAAAUCCUUCCUUUAUAAGGGCAUAUUUUCCAGAUUGUGUUUAUUCAUAAAGCGAGAUGAGAUAAUAGAGUCUUUCAGUUUUAUUUUAAUGAGUUUUCAUCAGGGAUUCAGAUCAUAGAGUUCUUGGCAAAUUCAUUUAUGACUGCCCUACUUUUCUCAGCUAUAUGCAAAGUGAUCUUUCUAAGACUAGGUUAAGAAUUAAAAAAAAAAAACAUUUUGGCCAACAAAACAAUCAUAUUUUUAAGUGGUGUGGCAUAUUAUUUUAUUCCUAAUGAAACUUGGUAAUUUUCCUCAUGGCAAGGAAAAACUAUUAUCCUUCCAGAAUUUUUACACAUAUCAGCAUUUUGCCUAUGAGCAUAAUAUUAAAUCCUAAUAGUUGAAUCACAGUAUUUUACAGGGGGUAGGUCAGCGCCAGAGUUCUUCCUAGAGCACAGUUCACAGGCCUGUGGUAUGUUUAUAAAAAGCAAAAAAGCAACCUGAGAAGAACAAGUCUGGGUCUCUCAGUAAAGCAUUUUGCUAAAAUUCGGCUUUGAGAUUUUUUUGAACUCUGGCUAAUAAUUGAUAAAAAUAUGCCCUCUGUGUCCAUUUUUUUAAAAUCUGUUUGGAAAAAGCUUCUAUUUCUAGGGAUAUAUUUUCACCUUUGGUUUCUGCUCUCACUUCGACUUUUUGUAAGUUUUCACAGGAUUGACAUUGACAUUGAUUUUCCCUUUUCAGAGGGUCACAUGUGAGGAAGGUAAAACAUACUUAAUACAUAUUUAAUUCAAUACAUAAGUGAAGUUGCCAAGUCUCAGUGGGUAUGUUGUUUUGUGGGGGGGGGGGGGUUUGUCUUUUGUUUGUUUGUUUGUUUGUUUGUUUGUUUUUUCAACCUGUCUCCAAGAAGAGUGGGAUUCAGGAAAAUAAGGAGGGAUUUAAGAAACGAGACAGUCUACAAUUAAAAUGAUGGCAGGAGAGUUCUUGUAAAGUGUCACUCCGAGACCUUUCGGAGGGGUUUUAGGCAUCAGCAAUUGCAGUUGUUUAAGCAAGUAAGCUCGUAAAAUAUUCAUUUUUCCAGGUUUAUGAGGUAUUUAAAAAUCACUAUGGAUAUAGUGACUAUAUUUUUCCCUUGCCAGAAGAAAGUGAAGUGAGAGUAGCUGCUAGGCCCCAUGACAGGGUUCGUAGCUACUCCAGGAAUUUAUAACGCAUGUCCUUUCACCCCCUCCAAGAGAGGGGCAUAGCUCAUUCUCAUUCUCACCAUCAAAAGAUGGUGAUACAUAUUCUGACAUAUUCUUGGGCACACCACACCGUACCCUAAGCAUCUCUGACGGUUAGAAGUUUCUCUUUUCACACAUGCAGUGUUUUCUCCCUUUCCAGUACUUACCUGAUGAUGACAGUAAGUAGGAGUUUAGGUCUGUUGUUCUCUUGUUGAAAUCCAAUCAUCCACUAUCUGUAAUGUCGUGCCUAAACAGCCAAACUAUAACUGAUUUUUACUAGUUUUCUCUUUUUUAGUUGCAAACACAGGAAACUAACUUAACUUAGUAACUUUAAAAAAAGGAAAUAUAAAAUGGCUUAUUUUCCUUUAAACUUAGGACACUUAUCCCUUUCUCUAUUUUACUUUCCUGCCCCUUGUGCAAGAAGAUGUAGACACCGUUUUGGUUAUCCAACAUGCAGGUGGCUUCUUUUGUGGAAAGUGGUAUGGAAGAUGCAUUUUUAUUAAAUUCAUGAACAUUUCCCCCCUUGAAAUCACACACACACACAAAAAAUACUAAAAGCUUUGGUCUUUAUUUCUGAUUGUUACUUAAUUUAUCCACAGUCUCUAACCACGCUAAUACAUAUCUCUAUUUCCAGCCUUUGUUAUAAACAAAAAUUAAUACUCUACAAGCGAAAAGUUAUAUAUACUAGAGAGAGGAGAAAACCUACAGCUAAUUCCUUUGUAAUAAUUUAAGAUACUUGCAUUAAUCUUUCCUUACAAUAUGCCUUUUUAAAUUUUUCCAAGCUACUCAUCCACUUAGGGACAAGAGAAAACCUUAUUCAUCUAACUCUGAUAGGCAUUUAACUCAUUGACCCAAACAGCAGUCUUAUUAAACAACCCACAUAAUGGAUUCGGUCAACUUGACACUGAAUGUAGCUUCUAGUUCACUGCUCAACCCCAGAAGUAGAAUGGUUUACCAAGAAUGAGACAGGUCUCACUAUGUUAUCUUGUGUUCUACACUAGUAUAGAGAGUUCUAGCUGACCCCAGACAUCCAUCGGUGGUGUUCCCAAACAUAGACUCAUGGGCUCUUUAAGGACCUGAAGCUCCUCUGUUAUUUUGCUAGCAAGUCACCAUCCCAUAUCUUAGACCUGGCCAGUAUGUAGUACUGUUCAUAGCAGUCCAUUCUACUAUUAGGGCAGCUCUUUUCUACAAAAGUUCUUCCUCGUGCUGCAUAUAAAUUUGUCUCCAGGGCUUUGCAAAACAAGUCUAACGUCUGAAUCUCCCCUUUAUUGACAUUGUGUCAAAUCCAAUCACCUUUCUGCUUCUCCUUUGAACACUUGGACAAAUAGCUCCUAAUUUUAUUUCACUCUACUCGAUGAAACUUAGUAAUCACCUUGGGUCAGGCUAGGUGGAAACACUUUCUUUGGGGGUUGAAAGUAAAUAGAAUUGAAGUCACCCAAAGGAAACUGAUAGUCAACAUGGAAAUUUCCACCAAGGACUCAGACCCAGGAGAGUGGAAGGCAGAUGAGGCUAGAUCUUCUAUGUGUACAAAACAGACCUUUUACAUUGUGUUCAGUACUAUUUUUGAUUUUUGAUAUUUCGAAGUCAUUCUGAAAACGAGAAGCAAGCUAACCUGUAUGCCAUCUGUGAGAGUCCCACUUCUUGGUUAAUGUUCAGAAAGUCUCUGUAACCCUCUCCCUUUGUCUCUGUCUUCUCAGUAAUAGCACAGUUUUUGUCCAUGUUCCCAUGCUGAAUAUGCAAAAAGAGUUCUGGAUACUUUAUAGGGGUUCGAGAUAAAUAAGUACUUGCUGAUUGGUUUUGACAUUCACUUCCAUUUUCCUGUGCUCAAAUAUUUGUACCUAGAGAUGUUGCCCUUUAGACCAAGUGAGCAGCUUCCCUACGUGUUCAGUUAGGAACUGUCCUUAGGAGUUCUGUAUUUCUCUUUACUUUUGUCUUUCUAACCUCUUUAUCCCUUGCUCAUCUUAAUUUAAUAAUUGCUGUGAGAGCAUAAGUAACUUUGAUUCAGUCCAGCUGCAAUAAGAUCAAACAGGUUCAGUGGGUACUCAGGAAUAUGGCAAUGAGAAGGGUACUACUUCCCAGUGGCAUCAGUAGGGCUCCAUGGAGGAGUGAAAUUUGGUAAGAAAUGUUGAACUGAUUCAUUGACUUGAUGUGGAAGUUGAAGGAAGAAUAUUUAAGACACUAGAAACAAUAGAAAAGCCAAACUAUCUUCAGAAAAGAUCCUCUACUUUAAAUAUUACAGAUUCUGGAAUUUCCUUAACAGGAGAAAAAAAUUCCAAAUAUUCAGGGUCAAUGGGAAGGUAAAAAGCACAGAGGGCUAAUUCAACUGCUAUUUUCUAUCUUGUCUCUUUAUAAUUGGAAGAUAGAAGGAGCUGCCAAAAUAUAAUCCAGCACAUACAGUAUGAACAAGAAGCUCUAUAACACAGAUACUCUACUCUUGGAGCAAACACACGUGUCUUUUGAACCCCUGCAAGAGAAGAAGCAAGACAUCCUUAUUUUCCUAUUAUGUUAGGUCAACAAUUGGAAAGGACCCUGCUAUCAUCUAUUCCACUUGGUGUUAAAAAUUCCCUUACUGAUUCACUGCUAAGUGAUAACCCAGACUCUGUGUAAGCAUCACAGAGCUGCAUCAACAAGCUCAUGACUUCUUGGGUCUUCCAUUUCCUCCAGCACACUUUGUUCCAAGCUCCCCCUGACUCUGAAGCAGAACCAGGUUUGGGGAUUACGCUCUCCUGAGUGCCACACAAAACUCAGCCUUAGUGCAUAAUAAAAUGUUAUUCCUCCCUUCAUUUUCCUUCCAAAGAUAUUUUUUUUCACUUUGGCAACACAUUACUUUAAAAUUUUUUUUUUUAUUUUUAGCUAAAGAUUAAAAAACUUUUAAACAUCCUUAAAAAAUAGGAUUUUCUGAGGGCCAGGUUUUAGAGUUGGCGACUUUUGUUGUUUUUAUUUUCUUACUCAAAAGAUAAAUUGUUCUGACAGUUGAUUACAUACAUAGCUCUAUGCCCUCCCCCAGUGCCCAGCCCAUGAACAGUACCCUCCAGUUGCCUGGUCUGCUGAUAAUGACCCUAAAAUGUUAAAAAAUGUCCAUGCCUGAUCUCCACUUCUAAAAAGGAAGAAGUCAAACGCAAAAGAUAGCGGUUCUGUUGAAACUCUUUACUUCUGUCUAGUUCUUUGCCAGAGGAAAUCAUUCUUGGGGGGACAGGGUGAUAGAAUGUUGCAGUCUUAGGUAGAAAUGUAUACAUUCUUUCCGCCGUGCCCUGGGUUACCGUGGACCGUCAUCCUCUAAGACAUCCCCAGGUUUGAAUUAGAGGGCCCUCUUGGCAGAACCUGUCACCAGUCUCCUGGGCCGGACCUGGGGGUGGCUGUCUGAGCUCUAAAAUAAUAAUUCCUGAGCGAGCUUACAAACGGCUUUCACACAUGAAACAGCCCUGGGAGGAAGGUUAUUAAUAGCCCUAUCCUAGGAGAGGGAGCCGAGGCUGGGAAUCGUUCAGUGACUUGCCAGAAGCGAUGCAGCUGCUAAGUGGCAGAUCUGGGGACACAGCCAGGUCGUGCAAGUCCAGUGCUCUCUCCGGCGGCCACUUGCCGGGCACAGAAUACCUCCGAGCACAACGUACGCUUUGCCCAGACUAACGUGCCCCCCGUGCAAAGGCGUCCAGGGCGAUUCUCCUAGCCCGUUACAGACCUCAGGUGGCCAAGCCACGUGUGCACAGCGGAACGUGCGAUCGCUUAGAGCCUGCGCACAUCCUCCGUGCGGUCUUGUGGGAAACUCCCGGGCGUUCUGUCUGAUCAGCCCUGUGCUGAUGGCCGUCGGGGAAGGCCACCCGCGAGGACAAACGGUGGCGCUGCAGCACGCUGCCCGCAAAUCUCCCCAGAGACAGUUGCUUUCCUUGGCGUGAAGGGGAAAGCUCUGGAAUGGUGAGGUGCAGCCUGUCACCCGGGAUCAUGUCAUUUCUAAUGCAGUGGAGGGCAGAGGUGACUGGGUCCUUAAGACAGGUCUCUCUCCCGUGGGCUACGAUUUAUGCCCCCCGGAGACGGAGACUGCUCUGUAGGUAAACAAUGCCUAGGAUUCUUCCUCUCGGUUCCCAGCUGUUGAGGCCCACGGUGUCUGUCACUGCACCAGGCGUUUCCCAACCACCCCACCCACCCAUGACCUUGAAACGUCUGGGAACAGAGGCUGCCGGACUGAACGCGGCUCCACAUUUGGUGUUUGCCGUUGGAGAGACAAGGCUGCCCAGGCCGGUAUGGUUUUGUGAUUCGUGGAAGCUUAUUCCAGUGAGUUUGGUACUGUGUUGUUCCCAGGAUGCUUACUUAGAAGCCUCUGUGUAUAUUCUAGAAGCUGCCCUACACGGCAGUCCCACAACUCACCAUUCUUUCUCUUGAGCCGCAUCUCUCAGGAAUGUGCCUUUUGAUGCAUGCUCUUGGGCUUUCAUUUCCUCCCAUUUCUCAUUAUAGUUGUUUGGCUUCUGGUUAAAAUCUGUGAACCGAUUGCAAAGAUAUUCUCUCUUCAUCUGAGUUAAAUCUCCUGUAGGAAACCUGUAAAAUGAUCUCAUCUAAUAAGCUUUUUAGGCUUUUCCCUCCCUAGAGUCUACCAUCCAUCACGCCGCUCUCACCAUCUCUCUGGUUAUUCCCUGGGAUUCAUGAGGGCCAAGUGAAGGCACAGAUGGCCACUCACCCCUUUCCAUACUUCACACCUGGCACACACAGGACGUGCCAGUGGGGCCAGUGCGCUAGUACCCUUGGCAGAAAUGGCAACAUUCAGAGCCUGGAAAGGUGCCUCGUCUUCCUGCGAGGCUUGAGAAAUGCUCUGGCUGAAGCCGUGGAGAACGGUUCUUGUAGGAUGGACGGAGUACCCCCCCCCCCCACUCAGGAGUGGGUGACUAGAAGAAGAAGAAUUUUGAGAACUCUCCAGAAUGAUAUGGGUGAGUACGCCUGGGUAGAGACUCCCCGGGGUGGAGCCUGUGACAUCUCGUUAGCGGGAAGAAAAGGACAGUGAGGCAGUGAAGAUGGAGAAGCAGCCCUUUAAAAAAAAGAAAGGGCGUCACCAACCCUGAUCUCCCUUUACAUAAUGUAAAGAAAAUUAUGAAUAAAACUUUUUCUUCUUCCAUUCUACAUGAUACAGUUCUCCAUAUGUAGGGAAAACACAAUUGCGUUGUCUUUCAAACACACACCCAUGCACGUGCGUGCACACACUCUCACGCAUAUGCACAUACAGACGUCUUCCAAGAAAGCCGAUCCUUCAAAAAAGAAACCUUAUUUUAAAACACUUGGGUUUUUCAGGCCAGGAAAUUAAUAAUUCCUAGACCUGACCCAUUUUUGUGGCUGCCAAAAAGGAAAAGAAAAAGCUCUUGAAAUUUUGUAUGGAUCCAUUUAUCUCCUAAAAUAUGCCAAAGCAAUUUGAGGUGGGGGUGGAAACGAAAGUAUUUCUCUCUCCUGCCUGAUUCUCUCUUUACAUUUCUAUCUGUGGGGAGAAGAGUAAAGCCUCUUCCUGGGCCAUUCUUAUCAAUGCAUCGUGUUACCACGUUGGAAGGUGCCUGCUCGCUCCGUGCCAAGAGGAAUCACACUUCCUCUCCCGACUCCAUUUACUCUAUCAUGAGGGAGUAAAUAUUAAGUCUGGACGUCUUUCCUCACCAAAUUAUUUAACGCCAUUUCUGAACUGCUUUAGAAAAUGUAAAAGGGAGAAGCUAGUUUUUCUUGGAUCCAUGUCUCCUUUCUUUUCUUUCUUGGGAAACUUAAUUAUAAAGGGGGGGGGUGGAAUCCAAUACCUUCUCAUCUCGUUUUCUCUGUGGGUGACAGCUGAUGACCACUUAGGAACCAUAAGCCAGAAGUAGGAGAAGAGCAUCGCCAGGUUAUGAUGUAUCUGCCAAUGUGUUUCAUUCCUUCAAACUCAGACUUCAGAGGAAACGGGAUUUUUAUCAGUUACAUGCCAACAAUAGAAAUGGCCUGAUUUUAAUUUCAAAUAGUAAAAGGCAAGUUGAUAUUUAGGCAGUGUUUGCAUUUUACUAACCCUUCUGCUUCGUUUUUAGUUGCUAUGCCAAGCACAUCAAUGUAUCAGGGAGAAAUUGCCAGAAAGAGCCAAAGUGCCUCAGACCUCUCUCACUCGGUAGCAAAUUGAAACUGGUAGACACCAUGCCGGCCUCCUCACUCCACUGAAAUGUCAGAAUUGAGACGCAUCCUUGAUGAAAGAGAUUUAGGACCCUGGAAACUAAAUCUUGUCACCAGUAUGUAUAGGGAAGUAGUUGCAAAACCACGUUUAAAUGACGGUCUUCCUUUUACUCCCCAUUUAUUCUCUUGGGAAAGCUGAUAAGCAAGUGAUCCAAGAAUUCUUUCCUUAGUAAACAAAGUCAGAAUCUAUUUCCCCCCUAAAAAUCUGGAUUCUGUCCUUGUCCUUUUUCAGGAAACCUAUCCAAGAGCAAACAGAAUUAAAGAUGACACUUGAUUGUCUGAUCCUUUAGCAUGAAUAAAAUUAUUGUGUGAUUGAAUGUGCCUUAAGUGAACAUUUAAACUGAGAUGCAGCAUUUUCACCGCUGGAUGGAGGGUUAACUUCUUCCAGGCUAUCUGCGCAGCGAACUACUUUGUUUUUGUUUUGUUUUGUCUUUUAAACUCCACAUUUAUCAUUAGUUUAGCAGAUUCGGGGCUCUUUCUCUCCUGGGAAUAUGUGCAAUUAUGAGACGCACCAAAAGAAAAAGGAAGGGGAAGAACUUCCUGAGUAGCAAAUGUGUGCCAUGAAGGAGACGUGACAUGGAGAUAAGGAGCCCAAGGAUAGUAAUUUCUCUGAGCUGCGCACACGAGCUUUUAUUUCGUGGCUCUGUCACAGGCUUUUCUCCUUCUGUGCCGUCACCUUUGAGAAAAACGAUUGCACCUUCUCCAAGUCUGCCUUUUUAACAGCUACAGUUGAGUUGGCAAGACUUCCCCAGCUCUGAAUAUAGCCAUUUGCCGACUCCGGCCUCUUUGCGAGACUGACUCAAAUCUGUGAUCUUCUGUUCAGCAUACACAUCAGCAAAGUGAGAAGAUGAGCACUAAAUAUAGGCUCUAUUAACUUUACUUUUAGAUUUACUGCCUUCAAAAAGUGCCUAUUCUGAGAAACAUAAACGUUAUUCCUACAUAUGUAUGUACACACGGUACCCAGAGUCAUACUGUGCAGCCUUCAAAAACAUACCAUCUAAAGGAGUAGGUGCUAAGAUAAGGAACGCUUGCCAAAUGGAAGAAAGUCACUCAUUUCCAAUAUCCCCUCUCGAGUGGCACCGUGAAACAGGCUGCAAACACAUUCCCUGAGCAUUCCUUGCUGAUACAGCCACUUUAUAUUUAUAUCCGACUGGAUGGAGGCAUACCGCUGAGGCUUCCUGUACUCUGCUUCAGGGGCCUCGAUGCUGUAUGGAAUUGGAAUAUUCAGUCAGAAGGAAGCAUUGUUCGAGAGAAUUAAUAGAGCCAGGAUCUGUAUUAGGAUAUGCGUCAGAUGUGUGUUUUAUAAACUAAGCAUUGGUGGGUUUAGAAUGUCAGCACAUUUUUUUUUUUCUCCUUUUAUCUCUCAGGCUAACAUCAGUGAAAAUGAAAGAAAAGUCUUGGCCAGGAGGAUUGGAGGCUCAGAGGGCCAAACGUCCUUGCCAGAUCCUUAGAGCAUCUUUACUUUGACUCCUAAAAAUAGUAGCGUAUGUUACUGAGUGGCUUUUGUUUCCAUAGUUCUGUCAUGGGCAUUGCAAGCAUAGCCGCUGCUGAUGGGACAGCCGCACAGCCUGGAAGGAGAGACUGUUCUCCAGGUGUGGCAUAGGAGAGGGUCUGGGGAAAUAGGACGACGAGGUAGGCCGUGCAUGAUUUUAGGAAAAGGGUUGAAGGGAGGACGUGCUUCCAAAAAAGAUCUUUCUCAAUGUGUCGUCUGACUCAACCAGCUGGCAAAUUACACUUGCCAAGUCGCUCUCUUUCCUUCUAAGUCAUUUGGCUCCAUGUGCAUUUGAAUACGCCUCUCCUUUGGGAAAGAGAGAUGCCUCCAGUUAGCCUCUCUCCAAGGAAGCUCUUGACGUCGUCUUGGUCACAAAGUUAUCUCCUGCCCCACCCACUUUCACCAAAAGGAAGUAAAGAGGGACGAGCUAUAGGAGAUGGUUUCCAUGGCACUGCAGUCAGCCACCAUUCUGCCUUCCAUAUAAGGAGCCCCCCUACAUGCACCAGGGAUGAGGCUGGAACAGAUUACUGUUGCAUAAUCUCGAGUGUGGACCACCCUGCUUUAGCUGUCAUCGUUUUAUGAGACCAGUUGGCUCCUUGGAGAAAGAGUGAUACUCUUCACUAAAAAUGUCUACUCUUCCUGUUGACGUUCGUUUUCUGUUUUUACCUUAUCCAAUUUCAACACUAGUCAUUUUCUAUUUUUUAGAGAAUCAGAUGUCAGUGCUAGAUAAGAGUUGAAGAAUCUCUGUGUGGUGUCAGAAGAAGUAUUGGGAUAUGGGGGGUUUUCUCCGUGGAAACAAGAUGGACGGGGAGAGACAACAGGGCUCUGCUCCAGGUUUCAACCUGAUGACCAUGACUAUGAGAGUUUUGUGUAAAUGUUAAGUGGUACUUACAAGUAGACAGAGAAAGGAGAAGGGGGAGACAGGGAGAGGCCAGGUUUUCUCUCCACUAAGAGCAAGAACGUCCCACUGAGUACAAGGAUAGCCCCACCAUGAUCAGCUGCUAGUCAGAAUAACAGUCCCUGCUUUAGGGAAAGCCACACGAACACAUACAGGGAAUAUGCCUUUUUUCACAUGUGUGGUACUGACAGAGCCAUGAUAUUCCUAAAAUAUAGGUUUCUCUUUCUUAUUUUAUUCUUAGAAAAUCACAUUUCUCCACCACAUCAUGAACCAUCACUGACUUAUCCAAAAUAACCCACAUGAUUCCUUAUGAAAAUAAGAGAAUAAAACCUGUUAUAAGCAAGUGAUUUGGGUAUUUUCUUUGUAUUUAUGUAUAAUCCAAUUAUAUUAAAACAUUUCUAUUUACCUUCUAUCUGUUUCUUCUCUCAAUUAUGUUUUUCCAAUGCUCUAUAAGAAUAAAUAUGAAAAUGAUACUCCCUUUUUUCUGUAAAAGAACUGCAACUCCUUUAUUAUAUUUAGAAAUCCAAUAAACUUCUUAUUACA